GUUGUACGUAUUUUUGACGCAAGAAGAGAUCCAAAAUCCUUUAACGUUGAUGGCCUUUUAAAUAAAAAUAUCUCUUAUUUGAACGAGUAUUUUUAUCAAUUUCGAUUUACACAAGACAAUUUUCAUCUAUUUUAUUGCAUCCUUUGGAAAGCAUAGAAAGUUACAUUUUAAUUAGAACUACAGUGAAACAAAAUGUUCUUCUCCUCUGGGAUGGUACAAGGCGGUCGGUUGUACUCCUGUCCGAGCGAAUCUCAACGACAGAUGCGCGCAAUCAUACGAUUGCUGUCACCUGGACAAUUUAUUACGGGAUAAAUGCUAUGUGAAUGGCAACGAGUAUAGCAUCGGGGAGAUGUUAAGUCUGGAAAACAACAAACAUUGCGACAGAAAUUGUACGUGUACACAGCACAGAGAUACAGUUCCAGCCAUUCCUGCUAUACAUUCACGAUCAGAACUACAUAUAAAAGAUGAGAGACGAUCGCAUUAGACUUUGUGCAAAGUUCGCGAUUUGAUGAUGGCAGGGCUCGGUAAUAAACGGUAUUCGAUCAUCCAAACAUGUGUUCUUCUGAUGUUCUUAAUCGUCGUUCAAGUAACAGGACAAGUUUCCGAAGAGAACGGCGGCGAGAUAAAGUGUCCCGGUCCUCUGAGAUAUUACAAGGCGCUUGGUUGCACUCCUAUUUACGUGAAUCCCAACGACAAUUGCGCGGAAGCGUACGAUUGCAGUCACCUGGACGAUUGGUCACGGGAUAAAUGCUAUGUGAAUGGCCACGAAUACAGUGUGGGAGAGACGUUGAGACCUGAGGAUAGCAAUCCCUGCGACAGGAAUUGCACGUGUACACACUCCAACAAUGAUUCCAAUUUCGCAUGCGAGGAAAGAAAAACUUGCGAUCGUAUAGAAGAAGAGAGUUGUUUGUACAGAAGAGUCCAUGGUCUUUGUUGUGACGAUCCAUUUUGUGAUAUAGGAGAAUCAGAUGCGAUUUGUAAUGUUGACGGCAAAGUAUAUCGGGCCGGACAGUUCUUCCAUCCAAACUCCAAUCCGAAGCUGAUGUGUGUCUGCUUGGAUGGAUACACAGGUGAAAAUAUCGAGCCCUUCUGUCAAGAAAUGAAGCACGAUCCUUGCUCUCCUAUGUUCGCGGACGAUGCUGACAAAGUUCACGACAAAUAUACACCUAUUUGGUUUACGCGUGCAAAUUUUAUUUGUCCAAUACCUUUUUACAGAUACCCGGAAUCAAGCGACGCCAUUAUUCGUAAACACGACAGCACUUCGUUCGUUUCUGAGAAAGAAAACAGAAUGUGCCGGCAUGGUAAUGUUAUGAUGAACAUAGGCGACGAAUUGAGCUUGGACCAACCAUCCAAUCACAUGGUUAAUCAUCCCCUCGUAACAUGCGUGUGCGAAGUGCCUCCAGUUGUGACGUGUAAGAAAGUUAAAGAGCAAGUGUUUCAUUUUGUUAGCGAUCUAUAGAAUUUCCAAACGAAAAAUAAAUAUAUAUGUAUAUAUGCAUAUACGUAUGUAUGUAUGUAUUAUUAUUUUAAUCGCUGAAUCUUUUUUUUUUACUAUCAUUCGUCCAAUAUUCUGUAACGAAUCGCAUUUGAAUAACGCGCAGAUGUUAUAACGUGAAGUAAGAUGCUUUAGUUUAUUAGAAAAUUAGAACGUUCCAAUGGUUUAUUGGAAUGAUUCAUAAAUCGACAUACUUUAUCAAAGGCUUGUGUAUUUGAAUAAAUCAAGGAAGCUGA